UAAAAUCUUAUAAUACCAAAAGAAUUCUAUUUACGUUCUAUUAAUCCACUCAUUUUCUAUAAAAAUAUGUAUUCACAGUUUAAUUCUGAAGAAAUUUUAAUCAAUGAAACAUUUUAAAAUCAUUUCUUAAAUGUAGAAAUUAGAUACGUGUAGAUACAUCUACUAUAGUUCGUCUGCUGAAUUACAAGAUAGACGAAUACACUUCAUCGCUACAAAACAUGGCUUUGAAGAAUCAUUCUUUCGAUUCAGAUUGCAUAACAUUGACGAGAUUUGUACUUGCCGAACAACGAAAGAUACCAACCGCUAAUGAUCUAAGUCAACUUCUAAACAGCAUACAAACUGCAAUAAAAGGAAUCAGUUCAGCAGUGAAAAAAGCUGGUAUUACAAAUAUGUAUGGGAUAUCCGGAAAAAAAAACAUUCAUGGAGAAGAAGUAAGAAAAUUAGAUAUAUUGAGCAACGAGUUGUUCAUAAAUAUGUUAACAUCUUCAUACACAACUUGCGUUCUUGUAAGUGAAGAAAAUACAGAUGUGAUUGAAGUGGAGAUUGAAAAACGUGGAAAAUAUAUAGUAUGCUUCGAUCCUUUGGAUGGAUCCUCUAAUAUUGAUUGUGUAGUAUCAGUUGGUUCUAUAUUCGGGAUUUACAAAAAACCGAAGGAAUUGAAGGAGCCUUUAAUAGCAAAUGUCCUCCAAUCUGGUAAAAAUUUAAUCGCUGCUGGGUUUGCACUUUAUAGUUCAGCAACUAUAAUAAUACUUUCGGUUGGCCACGGAGUUAAUGGUUUUACUUACGAUUCAGCGAUCGGGGAAUUUAUUUUAACGGAUAAAAAUAUACAAAUACCUCCUAGAGGAAAUGUUUAUAGCAUUAACGAAGCACACGAAAAUUCUUGGAAUACAGCUAUCAAAGCAUACAUUCAUUCGAAGAAAUAUCCUAACAAUGGGAAAAUAUAUAAUGCUAGGUAUGUGGGCUCUAUGGUGGCUGAUGUGCACAGAACGUUAAAAUAUGGAGGAAUAUUUCUUUAUCCAGCAGUCAAAAGUUAUCCGCAAGGCAAACUACGACUUUUAUAUGAAUGUAUACCAAUGGCCUAUAUAAUAAAACAAGCCGGCGGUUUGGCAUCGAACGGAGAAAUUGAUAUCUUGGACGUAAAACCCAAAAAAAUUCAUCAAAGAUCUCCAAUAAUUUUGGGAUCGCAAGAAGAUGUCCAAGAAGUUUUACAAUACAUUAAAAAAUAUAAAGAUAAUAAAUAGUGGAAAAAAGAAGAUAAUGAAACAUGGAAAAAAGUUAUUAAAGAUUUUAUUACGAGCCAUAUAAUUUGUUGAUACAUUCCGAUUUCGUUGAUUAUCUUUUAAAUUUUCAUCUUUAUCUUUUAUUGAAAAUUUCAAUAUAAAUCUCUAAUAUCUAUAUCCCUCGUUACUGGUAGAUCCUCCAGGAGCAGGUCCUGGAGCUGGAUAAGUUGCUGUUCCUUCGUAUCGUACCAUGGGCCUGUAACCACCAUUGUCGGCGAUGUAAUCGACAAUUUGUGUUCUACCAUCUGGUAACAAUACGUGAUAAGCUCCAGUUGCUUCGUUAUCUUUUCGUGAUUCGUGAUGGCCAAAAUUUAAUCCAGCUACCGCGUCCUCGACUUCAUAUGAAAAUUCGUAAUUUGCCGGAUCCUGUGAAAAAAGAGAGAGAGAAAAAAAAGAAGAUGGAAAAGUAUUUUAUAUCGAUCACAGAUUAAAUUCUAAAGGUACGUUUACCGGUAUUUUAUUUAUAAAAUUUGUACAUUUUAUACUAAAUAUACUAAAAUCGUUAAUAUGGAUUAUUAAAUAAAAAAUAAAUAAAAAAAUUUGUUUAUGAAA